GUCUCGAAGACCUUCCGACGUCUUGGUCUGAAGCCGCCGCGUUGCCAAGUGUUCUCGCGUCGCCACCCGAUUGACAAGUGGUACCUCGAAGAGCGACCGUGGUGCGUUGCCGCGUGGCCCCCUCGCGAGUGGUCCGCAGCUGGUCGUACCGUGAUCAAAGUGCUAUGCCCAUCGCAUGGGGAAGAUGGCCACCGGAGCCUGACGAAGACGCCGACUCCUCGCCAGCGGCCGCCCGCCAUGGCCACUCUUGGCCUCUCCAAAGUUUUCAUAUUGGAUAAGUACUUCACCGAGCUGCAGAAGUUCUGGGAAACGGAGAAGAAACUGCAAGCCGUCCAUCUGCAGCAGCGCCUACGUAGUCUGAGCACGGAGUUGGUGACGUUGCGUAACCGACUGCACGUGCAAGGCAAUGCGACUCCCGCUUCGCCUGGCUCCGCCCCGACAGCGCCGUCGAACGCCGCGGCUGGCGGUACCACCUCCGCGGCUGCGGCACCGCCCACCGCUGUCAACGUGGGCGGUACCGCAGCCAGCAAAGCACCGCCUCCGCCGACUACCGCUCAGCCAACGGCAGCGCAAUUGCAGCCUGCUGUACCGCCCAGGGGAGCUGUUACUGUACCGCCUCUCGCUGUGGCACCCCUAAAUCAACCUCGCGGACCUCCACAAAUAUCUCCAGUGAAUGCAGAUUUGGACGACUUGAUCCAUUUGCAAGCUCCGCUGACUGAAGAUGCUGUGAUGAAGUGCUUGUAUGCAAGAUUUCAAGCGGGAAACUUUUAUACGAAUGUGGGGCCAAUCCUUCUUUGUGUCAAUCCAUAUCGAGAUGUGGGAAACCCUCUAACGUUGAGCAGUACAAGAGGACUUGCCCUCAGCCCUCAACUAAACAAAGUUGUACAGGAAGCUGUGAGACAACACCAUGCUUCAAUGUUAUUGCUACGGCAGCUUUUUGCUGUAGCUGGAGGGGGGCCCGAGACUGACGCUUUCAAGCACUUAGCAGCUGCCUUCACAGUAUUAAGAUCUCUGGGAUCUGCCAAAACUACCACCAAUUCUGAAUCUAGUAGAAUUGGCCAAUUUAUCGAAGUCCAAGUAACAGAUGGCGCAUUGUACAGAACGAAGAUCCACUGUUACUUUCUGGAUCAGACGAGGGUGAUAAAACCCUUACCAGGUGAAAAGAAUUACCAUAUCUUCUACCAAAUGCUCGCGGGCCUUUCGAAUGAGGAACGUGCGAAACUGAACUUGGAGGGACAUAAGCCUUCAACGUUGAGAUACCUUCAGUACGGAGAUACCCGGCAAAACGUGGUCGAGGAUUCCAAUAGCCUAGGCAUCCUGGGCAUUCCAUUUUUGGACGUAGUUCGAGUACUAGCAGCCGUACUUCUUCUGGGCAACGUGCAAUUUACGGACGGCAAAGGACUCGAAGUCGAAGUGAAGGGUGAAGCAGAACUGAAUGCUGUAGCAGGACUAUUGGGUGUCUGACGACCAGAACGCACAACGCGCGUGGGCAGUUGGUGAAAUCGGUAUGCGAUGCGAACAUGUCGAACAUGACCAGGGACUGCCUAGCGAAGGCUUUGUACUGCCGUACCGUGGCGACGAUCGUCAGGAGAGCGAACAGCCUUAAAAGGCUCGGUUCCACUUUGGGCACGCUGAGCUCGGAUUCGAACGAAUCGGUACACAAUCAAGCUGAAAUCACCAGUCAACAUGCUUCUACCAUAGGAGGAAGCACGAACGCGGGCAGCAAAUCGAUGGCUGCAUUGAAUAAUGCUGUCCGACAUGCAACUGAUGGAUUCAUAGGCAUCUUGGACAUGUUCGGUUUCGAAGAUCCAAAACCCAGCCAACUAGAACAUCUGUGCAUAAACUUGUGCGCGGAGACGAUGCAGCACUUUUACAACACGCACAUUUUCAAGUCGAGCAUCGAAUCCUGUCGAGAUGAAGGAAUCAACUGCGAGGUGGAAGUGGAUUAUGUCGAUAACGUGCCCUGCAUUGAUUUGGUCUCUUCGUUACGUACCGGGCUACUCAGCAUGCUGGAUGUGGAGUGCUCUAUCCGCGGCACUGCAGAAUCCUACGUCUCCAAAAUUAAGGUGCAACACAAAAACAACUCGAGACUGUUCGACCCGAAACCACUAGACCCAAGACAAUUCGGCAUCCAACAUUUCGCUGGACGCGUAGUCUACGACGCUACCGACUUCCUGGACACCAACAAAGACGUGGUACCCGACGACCUGGUGGCCGUCUUCUACAAGCACAGUUGCAACUUUGGUUUCGCCACGCAUUUGUUCGGUAGCGAACUGAAGGCUCUCUAUUCGGUGGAAACUGUGCCUAGGGGAGUCAGUUUUCGCAUUUCUCCAACGUCUCACACGGAUUUGUUGAACGGCGAUGAACCCGUUUCGACUUUGACUCAGGACUUUCAUACGAGGUUGGAUAAUUUACUGCGGACGUUGGUGCAUGCUAGACCGCAUUUCGUGCGGUGUAUCUGCAGCAAUCUACAGGAGAGUCCGAACAGAUUCGAUCGGCCAACAGUCGUCCGCCAAAUCCGUUCGCUCCAAGUCCUGGAAACCGUGAACCUGAUGGCGGGCGGUUACCCUCACCGCAUGCGCUUCAAAGCUUUCAACAGCCGAUACCGUUUGCUCGCCCCGUUCGCCAAACUGCACCGAAUCGAAGAAAAGGUCACCGAGGACUGCCUGCUGAUACUCCAAUACGUGCUAGACAGCAUCUCCGGCAAGCACCAGAGCGCAGGCGCCGUCUCUGUCAGCUACGCCAUCGGGAAGAGACACAUCUUCCUCAGCGAAGGCAUCAGGCAACACCUGGAGAGGCUCAGGUGCGAGACCAGACGGAAAGCGGCCACCUUGAUACAGGCGACGUGGAGGGGAUGGAGGUGCAGAUACAGGUGGGCCGCUAUGAGGAGGGAGAAGGCCAAGCCGCCUGCUCCGAGGGUCGCAUUAGGCGGUGCUAGGCCAAGACCUCAACCAAUCGCAGGAACUCCCCCGCCCGAUCCGAACGAAAAGUGCGACUCGAAAGUGAUCCAACAGACCUGCAACUUAUUCGGCCUUGACCUGGAGCGUCCACCCCCCGUACCGCCGAGCAGAUCAUACACAGUGGCGGGCAACACAAAACUGGGCUAUCCGCAAACGCGGGUCAUGAAGAUGACCUAUCCGGAAGAGUGCAACGGAGAUGGCCCCGUAUUGCAUAAGGGAGAGACUGUACUGGUGGUGGGCGCAUCACACCGCAGAGGCCACUUGAUCGUUGAACAUAAACAUUGUACUCUCCACGUGCCUUUCCAGUAUUUAGAGCUGAAACAGACCAGCGUCAAUAUUUAAUCUUGCCAUUCGUCUAGUUCUUUGUUUCGUGUUCGCGAUAUUAUCCGUCAUCGCUGCAUCACGACUGAAAGACAAACCUGUUUAUCUAUUCUGUUUCAGGGUCCAGACAAUCCAACAAAACUUUUGAAUUUCAAUAAUGAAAAAAGUGUAUUAUCUAAAACUAAAAAACGUAUAUUCAGAUAGCCAAACAGUAGAAUAUGACAAAAUAAAAAAUUUCUACAGUCUGACGAUAGGCGGGGAAUUCAUAGAAUAUCUGGUAGGUAGAGUACAAAUAUGGAAUUGCGGACUGUGGUGACAACAUGGCAACCCUGUCCGGAUUCGAGCAGACCAUGAUCGGGAUUGGUCUGUAUCUCCCUACCACUUACCGCACGGCUAACGUGACCAACCUCUGUGGACAAAUCCGAUUGGUUUGUAACAUUAAUUCCAGUGGCGUAACAAAAUGAGAAUAUAUAGCGAUCGAGAAUACACGAGUUUGACAGCGAUAAAAGGCCGUAGAACUUUUUCUAAGCGGGAGAAAGAGUUAAUACACAACGUUUGCGACGGGCUUUGCACGCCCGACAGAACACUAGGUGUUAAUGAUGCUGUUUUACUUUGUAGCAGCAUAUCAAAAGUGUCUCAAAGAACAUUUUUUCGGAUAAUCAAAGAAAAAACUUGAACUAACAAAGAAGAACAUCCGACGACUAACUUUUCGCAGACAUACACAUUCUUUUUUUUUUUCGAAAUGAGAUACAACCAAAUUGUACCGUUCGCAUCAUGUUUUUAAAAAGCUUAUUCUAAACUCUCAAAGUUUACAUAUGUUUUUUGGUGUGAAUUUUGAUAGAAACGUGUAAAAUUCAAAUAAGUAAUUUUCGAGUUAUUUUAUAAAAUAUGCCAAAUGAUACAUCUGACUCGACUGUAUCCUAUUUUCUCCAUUGCUUCCAUCGUAUCGUACAUUGACAUUGUCAAAUAUCUGGUUAAAUAUAUGAACAUUAAUAAAAUAGGUCCCUAUUUAUAUUGACACCUUUUAUAAAGCUAGUUUGCACGCACAUGGAAAAUUCAUCCUCCACCAAUUCGGAUAAUCCGUUUUCUUGACUUUGCUGGCAGGGUUGCCAUAUUGGGGGAUUUUCCCCCAAAUUUGAGAGAUUUUUAAGUCCUUGGGGAACUUUCGUGAGAUAACAUGAUCUGGGGGAUUUUUUGAGGUAAAAAGAAAAUCGUUGGCUUUUUUGAGGUACGAUGAUUACUUGCCUUUUCGGCGGUUUUGCACGGAUUUUUUCGUCUUGUGAAGAAAAUAUAUUAUUAUUUCAUAUGAUAGAUAUUGGAUUCCUAGACCCAGUCUUUGGCUUAAUAAAUGAAACUAAACUGAAAUUUUAAAGGUUAAGCAUAGCUCCGUACCCCGUGAUGCAGCGAUUGACGCAUAUUAUUUCCAGUAUGUUAGGUGUAUAUGUAGAAAAAGUUAUAUCCAGUGUAAUCUACUAUUAUUGGAUACUAUUUACAUAAUAUACGACCCCGUCUUAUCAGCAACCAGAAAACCGUUAUCACACAAGUAACAGUCUGGCUAGUGUGCCAUAAUUCUGACUUUAUGUAACCAAGCAAAUGUCGUUUUUUAUGCAAAAUAAUACGUUUAUCCAUAAUAUGUCAAAUGAGUUUCGUCAAUCUAUAUUUGUACUAUACUCCCAACGCAUGUACUGAGUGGGUCGUGCAGUCGGUUGACUCUGUCAUUCAACAAACGGACAAAAUUAAUCAACAAAGAGAGAUGCCACAUGCGCAGUACGUCGUCGCUACUUUUGACUUCACCUUCACUCAGGUUUUCAUGGUUGAGACAUUUCGCCGUGAUAAAGAGUCAUGAAAAAUAAUAUGUAGAUGCCAUCUUGUGUCACAAUUGUAUGACUACGUUUAUACCAAAUAGGAUUGAGAUUUAUUUAGGACUUAAUCUCAAAUAUGAGGCGUUUAUAUUGUACCGGACUGAGUCUAGGAUUGACAAGUGACAUUUGCUUUAGUGUGAGGUUGCUUGCUACCUUACAGUAUAAGUUUCACAUCGGCAGAGUUACCGACUGUGUCGAGCUAGCGAAGUACUCGUAGAGCAGAACGAAAUCACGCGACGUGCAUGUGAAGAAAAUAUUCUUUUAUCAAGUAUACUGUUUUUAUUUAUACGCCAACUAGAUAGUAAGUGUUUUUCCUACAUGCAAUGUAUGUACAAACCACACGCUCUUGUAUUAUUUAAUGAAACAGAAAUACAAUUUUUACUCUUA